AUGACGCAAGAAAGCAUUCCGGUGUUGAUCCUCGAUGAGUCCCACGAUGCAAAGAAGCCAACAUCGAAGCUCAACAGAGCUAUCUUCCAUCUCGACUACAGUCGCAUUCUCAUGCUGACAGGAACGCCCAUACACAACACACUUGCCGACCUCGCAGGCCAGACAAUGCUACUCCCUGGCCGUGGCUUCUUUACUUCAUCUGACCACUUCAGUCACCUGUGCAUCAAGGCCCUCGGACAACCCGAAAGAGAUAUACAAACUAUCAUCGAGUUCUUUCGACAGCCCAACGCCCAGCCACUCGAAGAUACAGACGCUCACAACGAAGAUGAUGAGUUGGGCGUCAAUGAGGACACUCAAGAAGAUCCAGCUGAUGGAGACUAUGAUGAUGGGAGAGUAUUGCCAGAGGAGAACGAGGAAGUGGUCGGCAACGAUGACGAUGAUGCAGAUGAUAUGUCAUCUUGUGCGAGCCAUGGUGGGCGCCAGGACAGGAAAAGAGUCAUUGGCCUUGCCAAGGGGUAUCUCGGUUCUUGUGUCGCAAAGCAGGUUCUAAGAGACAAUACGAUUAAGAAGGCUGGUGUGCCGUAUGUUGAGAAAAGGAAGGAACAUCUUUUCAUUUAG